AUGAUAUCCCAUUUUAGAACAGAUCUUGGAAUAAUAUGUGCAUUCAUUAUAUGUAUUUCAGCAGUGAAAUCCUUUCAUGAAUCUGAUAAAAUAGCAAAUUUGCCUGGUCAACCAAAGGUCAGUUUCCAGCAAUAUGCUGGAUUCAUUACCAUUGAUGAAAAGCAGGAUAGAGCCUUUUUCUAUUACUUUGUUGAGGCAGAAACAGAGCCUGCUUCAAAGCCUCUUGUUCUCUGGUUAAAUGGAGGGCCCGGUUGUUCGUCUGUUGGAGCUGGUGCUUUUUGUGAGCAUGGUCCAUUUAAACCAAGUGGGAAUGUUUUGGUUAAAAAUGAUUAUAGCUGGAAUAAAGGAGCAAAUGUGUUGUACUUGGAGUCACCUGCUGGAGUUGGUUUCUCCUAUUCUUCCAAUAAAUCUUUCUACGAAUCCGUCGACGAUGAAAUGACAGCACAAGACAAUCUUAUUUUCCUCGAGAAAUGGUUCGACAAAUUCCCAGAGUUCAAGAACAGGGAUUUUUAUAUCACAGGAGAGAGUUACGGAGGACAUUAUGUUCCACAACUUGCCAAUCUCAUUUUACAAUCCAAAGCAAAGUUCAAUCUCAAAGGAAUUGCUAUUGGAAAUCCACUACUGGAAUUCAACACAGAUUUUAAUUCCAGAGCGGAAUUUUUUUGGUCUCAUGGACUAAUAUCUGAUGCCACUUAUGAACAAUUUACCAAAGUUUGUAACUAUUCUCAAAUUAGAAGGCAAUUACAGAAUGGAAAUCUUACACCGGUGUGCUCUCAUGUGAUAAAUCAAGUUUCAGCAGAGCUCGGUAAAUUUGUAGACACAUAUGAUGUUACUCUUGACGUUUGUUUGUCAACAGCUUCUAUGCAAUCUGAGGUUCGAAAUCAUUUGAAGGAUAAGCCAAAAAUAGAUGUGUGUGUUGAGGAUGAAACAACUAUGUACCUGAACAGAAACGAAGUGCAGAAAGCUCUCCAUGCUCGUCUUGUAGGAGUCGAUCAAUGGACUGCUUGCAGCGAGGUUCUACAUUAUAAGAUGCAAGAUCUAGAGGUACCAACAAUUGGCAUUCUAGGAUCCCUUGUCAAGUCUGGUAUUCGCGUGCUGGUCUACAGUGGAGAUCAAGAUUCAGUUCUCCCACUGAUGGGAACUCGAACACUGGUUAAUGCAUUGGCAAAGGAACUGGGACUAAGCACAACAGUGCCAUAUAGUCCUUGGUAUGAGGGAAGACAGGUAGCUGGAUGGACACAAGCAUAUGGAUACUUUUUAUCAUUUGCUACCAUAAGAGGAGCUUCUCAUAAAGCUCCGCAUUCUCAGCCAGAGAGAUCACUUGUUCUGUUCGAUUCAUUUGUAAAUGGACAGCGACUUCCACAGGUGAAUGGCAUGACACAGGAAAGAAAUCCAUUGACUCGACUCACCCAAACCUGA